CGCGCGCUGGGAGCGGGUGCGGAAAGAUGUCGGACGCGGCGGUGGCGGACACUCGGCGCCUAAACUCGAAGCCUCAGGACCUGACGGACGCCUACGGGCCGCCAAGCAACUUCCUGGAGAUCGACAUCUUCAACCCGCAGACGGUGGGCGUGGGCCGAGCGCGCUUCACUACCUACGAGGUCCGGAUGCGGACAAACCUCCCUAUCUUCAAGCUGAAGGAGUCAUGUGUUCGGCGGCGCUACAGUGACUUUGAGUGGCUAAAGAAUGAACUGGAGCGGGACAGUAAGAUCGUAGUGCCACCGCUGCCUGGGAAAGCCUUGAAGCGGCAGCUCCCCUUCCGAGGAGACGAAGGCAUCUUUGAGGAGUCCUUCAUCGAGGAGAGGAGGCAGGGCCUCGAACAGUUCAUUAACAAAAUCGCCGGGCACCCACUGGCUCAGAAUGAGCGCUGCCUACACAUGUUCCUGCAGGAGGAGACAAUCGACAGGAACUAUGUCCCUGGGAAGGUGCGCCAAUAGGAAAGCCCUCUGGCCACCUGCCUUCUGCCUUCCUGGCAAAGUGACACUGAUUUUUACACUAAGCCUCUCUCUCUUGAUCUGCAGUGGCUGUCGUCCCCCGGCCUGACUUUUGUCUGUCUGCCGUCGUUCUCCCUGGCACUUGGCCACACUAUGGGCACUCUUCUAAGAUCCUCCUCUCUAAGGAGAGGUGGGAAGCUGCGGGCAGAGGUCCUGGGCUUUUAGGGGGAGGGGUCAGGAAUUGGACUAAAAUGGCACUUGCUUGGGCUUCCUCUCAGGCACCAAGGCUAGCCUGGGAGUCUGGUGCUUCAGUGGCACUUGGCCAAACAGGUCAGCGGUGCUGUGAGUCUAAGGGAGGUUCCCCACUCCAAAGGUGAACCUGGAACUCUGAGCAGGGAGCAAGCCUGCCCCUUCUACCUGCAUGGAACCUUCCUUUUGCCCUGUUGUGGGAUGGCAGAUUCCCAUGGGCUCUCCCAGUUUGCUCUGUUCCUCCCCCGGUUCUCUCGACAUUUUCUUGAGUCCUUCCUCCCUCGUAUAUUGCUGGCUGGAGCAGUCAUCAGUCCAGAAGCUCAGCGUCCCGGUCUGUGGGUUUGCUGGGCCCAUCAUACUUAGCUGCCUCAGAGUCACAAGGGACUUCUGGGGAAGCAGAGGGGCUCCCGCUGGCUUUCUCCCACUCUCCAGGGCCCUAGCUGCUUCCUGUAUGUGGCUGGCUUUUCACUGUCCAUCCUUAAUUGACCAGUGUGGGUCAGCAGCUCUUCCUGAAAUCUUAACUGCCAGGUGGGCUGCCUUGGAGGAACGUCACUAUUGGGUGAUGGUGCAGAGUGAGAAUGGUUUCUUGUCCUGGAAGCUCCCAGUGGCCAGAAAGCACUCCAUCCCAUUCUCCUUCCUCCUCGAAGUCUCACGACACUUUUUGUUCCCAAAGGGCAGGGCUACUUGAACAAAUAAUGUAGUCUGACUUCUGGCAAGCACUUUGAGCUGAGUAAUUGGGGCUCAGGGCGAAGAAUCGUCAUCCCCUUCCCCACUUUGGUCACAGGGUCAUUGAGCUUUCUGUACCUGUCUCUUCAGGGACCACCAGUGGUUUCUCUAGAAGCUGGGCUAGGGAUUGCACCUGGCUGGGAGUUGCCCUAGCUUUUAGUACAAAGCAGGUUCUUAGGGCUAGGAGCUCUCCUGGGCUUUGGGCUGGGUGGUGGCCUGUUGUCUGUCCAGGGCAAGAGAGUAGCAAGCAUGAACAGGAAGGCCUUCCCCCACCCCUUCAGAAGACCUCGGCUCCUCUCCAUAGCAGGAUGUUGGGGGAAGGGAUAAGCAGCCUGAUCUAGGGGAGGGAGAAUUGGGAGCUCGUCUGGAGUCGAAAGUGCCCC